AUGUUGGCAGGCCAUUUGGCAACCAACUUGGUGCAGACUAAUGCCUCGUACGCUGAAUUCCAAAAAGAGAAUUCAUGCUACUGGUACGAUCGGUUGACACCAAUACUACUUGGAAGACACGUCACAGACAGCCGUGCCCAGUCUGCAAGCGAGGUAGUUCCAUCGGAACUGCCUCGCCGUGAAAAGGCCAACGCUUCUGCUAAAAGUCGGAAGGGAAAAGGUAAAGCCUCUAGCUCGAAGGCUCCUACUCCAGCGAACAUCCCUGUCCAAGAGGAUGACGAUGAUGUGUACUAUGUUCCCCCAGUUCUUGGGACAGUUGGAGGAAAACGGUCAGCCUCAAGUCUAGGAACCAGCGGUGAACCGGAGGGGACUAGAGGUUCAAAAUUGACACGGUCAUUUACUAGUUUUGAGGAUACUAUAAGCAAGAUUGGAAAUUACUCCGAUUUCGUAAUUGAGGACAGACAGAGUAGGAUGGAGUUCGAGUCCCUCUACAGUGUAAUGCAGUGCCAGGAUGUGAUUAGCACAAUGGAGAUUCCGCAAGAUUGGAGAAUACAUGCUAACUGUCAUUAUGCCAAUAGUGACAGAGAGGGUGAAAGGAUUAUUUUCCUUAGGGCUUCUGCAGCAGACCGCUACGACUACAUCCUUAAGUUGAUGAAGGAGAAAGGCAUGGCUUAAGAACACAUUAUGUGGCAUGCCAAUGUUGAAUUUUU